CUAGGGUUUUUCCCGAAAACCUCAGAGAGAUAGUCACUACUGAUCCGACGGGAAACAAAUGGCGUUGCGACAUCUGAGUCGGCCGAGAGACAUUAUAAAGAGAUCGACGAAGAAGUACCUCGAAGAACCGCUUUACCAUCGGCUUUUCAAAGAUGGCGGCUCGGAGGUCAGUGUUCGUCAGCAGCUGAAUCAGUUCCUCAAGGGCACUAAGCACGUCUUCAAAUGGGAGGUUGGAGAUACGAUCAAGAAGCUCCGAAGUCGCGGCCUCUAUUACCCAGCACUCAAGCUAUCUGAAGUUAUGGAAGAGAGAGGUAUGAACAAGACGGUGAGUGAUCAAGCAAUACAUCUUGAUCUUGUUGCGAAAGCUCGAGGAAUUGCUGCUGGGGAGAGUUAUUUCGUUGAUCUUCCGGAAACAUCUAAAACCGAGCUCACUUACGCUUCUCUUUUGAACUGCUAUUGCAAAGAGCUGAUGACAGAGAAAGCGGAAGGUCUACUGAACAAGAUGAAAGAGCUCAACAUUACUGUUAGCUCGAUGUCUUACAACAGCCUCAUGACUCUUUACACAAAGACAGGACAGCCUGAGAAGGUUCCAGCGAUGAUUCAGGAAAUGAAAGCCGAGAAUGUCAUGCCGGAUUCAUACACAUACAAUGUCUGGAUGAGAGCAUUGGCUGCUACAAAGGAUGUUUCUGGUGUCGAGAGAGUCAUUGAAGAGAUGAAUAGAGAUGGUAGAGUUGCUCCAGAUUGGACUACGUACAGCAACAUGGCAUCUAUAUACGUUGACGCGAGACUAUCUGAGAAAGCUGAGAAGGCUCUUCAGGAACUGGAGAUGAAAAACACGCAAAGGGAUUUUAAGGCGUAUCAGUUUCUUAUUACAUUGUAUGGAAGACUGGGAAAACUGACUGAAGUUUAUAGGAUUUGGCGUUCAUUGAGGCUGGCUAUUCCGAAAACCACGAAUGUAGCGUAUCUGAACAUGAUACAAGUGCUGGUGAACUUGAAAGAUUUACCUGGUGCAGAGACGCUGUUCAAGGAAUGGCAAGCUAACUGUUCUACUUAUGACAUACGGGUUGUGAAUGUGUUGAUUGGAGCUUAUACGAAAGAGGGUCUCAUUGAAAAAGCAAAAGAGCUCAAGGAGAAAGCUCCAAGAAGAGGAGGAAAGCCUAAUGCAAAAACGUGGGAGAUCUUCAUGGAUUACUAUGUAAAGAGCGGUGAUACGGCUCAAGCACUCAAAUGUAUAUCUGAGGCAGUUUCUAUCGGCAAAGGAGAUGGUGGCAAGUGGUUACCGUCACAGGAGACAAUCAGAACUUUGAUGAGCCAAUUCGAGGAAAAGAAAGAUGUUAAUGGAGCUGAGAAUUUGGUAGAGAUAUUAAAGAAGGGAAAAGAUGAUGUAGGCACAGAAAUCUUUGAAACAUUGAUAAGAAUAUAUGCAGCAGCAGGAAAGAGUCCUCCUGCUAUGCGUCGACGCCUGAAGAUGGAAAACGUGGAGGUUAAUGAAGCGACACAGAAGCUGCUCGAUGAAAUAUGUCAGGAAGAAUGAGGUCUGUUCCAUCUCUUUCUCCUUCAUUUUUUUUACGUUCAGGCAAGACAUUAUUAUCAGUCGUGUAAGGGCGCUUGCAUUCUCAGAGCUCUGUUUCUUAUUGGUAAUAAACGUUGCUAUAAUUAUAUGAUUGAGAAUCAGCAAAUCAAUCUUAUGGGUCUGUUUUACUUUCUU